UCUCCUGUUUCUUAUCUUCUUUACUAUAGCCUACCAGUGAACUGAAGGGAGGGACGUCAAAAGAUGGCUGCUCAAUCUUCUUCAAAGCAUUCAAUGGCUGAAGAGAAGCAAAACAGUGUCAUAUCAAACUGUAUAAUUUCACUACCCUUCUCAACCCCACCAUUUGUUCAACCUCCAUUCCUCAAACAACUCCCAAAAUCAAAUCUUCAGCUGUUAAACAUGGCACAAGAAGCUUCAUCAAAUGCCUUUCUUCAUUUUCACAACUCCAUUUCCUCCACUGCUGAGAAAUGUAUUAAAUUGCUUCAUUCUGUUAUUUCCCCUCAUCAUCCCCUUUUCAGCAAAAUCCUAUCUUUCUCUUCCCAUUUCCAAGAUUUCUGCCAGGUACACUGCAGAACUUACCAGAACUUGGGUAAUCUGUCCCAUCACAGUUUCGCGGCUGUCUUGCCUGGUGACUCAGUUGCAGGAAUUGUCGUUGCAAAUGGAAUUAUAAAUUUCUUGAACAUCUACAACUCGUUGCUGGUUGCCAGGCUUGUUUUAACCUGGUUCCCAAAUGCUCCUCCUGCCAUUGUCAGUCCCCUCAGCACUCUAUGUGAUCCAUACUUGAACAUAUUCCGCGGGAUUAUUCCACCACUUGGAGGGACCCUGGAUCUUUCGCCUAUAUUGGCAUUUCUCGUUUUGAAUGCCUUCACCAGCACUGCAUCUGCACUUCCUGCUGAACUUCCGUCGACAACUAGGAGAGCAUCAUCAGAUACUCCACCUCAUGCACCAGUUUUUAAUCUUACAACAUCACAGAAGAAAUGGAUGAGGAGAUUUAGUGGAAACAAGUCAAAGACUGCUGAUGAAAGCUAAAGUCGGUUUCUGCUAUCAUUAAUGAAUUGAGCAAAUACUUGAGUAAUAAGCAUUCCCUGUAGACACUACACUUUGACAUUAAAUAUGUAAAUCCAAUGUUGUACUAUAAAAUUCAAUUUAUUUUUUCCUUUGAAUCAUAUAAUCAUUCUAUUUUCUCUUC